AUGAAAAUGGACCCCGUCAGUGGAUGGCCGUUCUUUGUCAACCACCCAAACCGUCUGACUACCUGGCACGACCCUCGUCUCUCGAGCACCUGCCGCCCCUGGGCUCUAGCCGACCCAGAACCUAACUUCUUCUCUCCCUUUCCCGUGUCUUCCACCAACUGGAACUCUGAUUUCUUCAGACCUGUGAACCGUAGCCCCAAGCCCCGUCACUCCCACCAAAAACCCCGUCAUUCAUCAGGUGUAACUAAACCUGCUGACACCGAGCAGCUAGCGCAAGUUUCUAACACCACUUCUCCUCUUUCAUCGUCUGGAGUCCAUGUGGAAUACCCCAAACUAGAGGGCCUGUCACUGGAGCCUGCGGCCCCAGAGGAGCCUGGAGUUCAUGAAUCUUUGAAGAGCAGUGAACAGGAGAAGCAACCUGCGGAACAAGAGAUGACUGCUGAACAAGAGGAACAGUGUGAGGAGAGGCCGCAGGCAGAGGUGGAAGCCCAGUUGAUGAGAAUCAGAGACAUUGCUGCUCAAGUGGAGAGUCUUGAAAAAGAAGUUGUCUCAUUCUCUGGGGAGGUUGGAUCGAAGAGGUACAUCUUCUUAGAGGAGAGCCUCAUGAGCCAGUUACUGGCACUGGACUCAACUCAGACUUUUGGCCUGCAGCAGAUCAGGUCUGCCAGGAAGAAAGUGACUACAGACAUUCAGUAUCUUUUAGCACAACUGGAGUCCCUAGCAGUUUCAUAG